AUGUACAAGUUCAGUAGAUUACCACCUAAUUACGGUUCUAAUCAAUUUAUAACUGUCGAAAAGGAACUCCAAGCUGAACUUGAUGGCAUUGUGAACUCGUUUAAAGCACCUGUCAAGUAUGCCUUUGGCUAUGGUUCAGGAGUUUUCCAACAGUCAGGUUAUAGUAAAGAAAAUGAUAAACCACAGAUUGAUAUGAUCUUUGGUGUUUCACAUCCUUCUCAUUUCCAUUCUUUAAAUUUAAGACAAAAUCCUCACCAUUAUUCCACUUUACGUUAUUUUGGAACCAAAUUUAUUUCCAAAUUCCAAGAAGUUGGUGCAGGUUUAUAUUUUAAUCCAUAUGCUGAUAUUAAUGGCCAUGAGGUCAAAUAUGGUGUAAUUUCAAUGGAAAAUUUAUUGAAGGAUUUGGCUACCUGGGAUUCCUUUUACGUUGCUGGUCGUAUGCAGAAACCGGUUAAAAUAUUAAAAAAUGAUUUAAGGGUCCAAUAUUGGAAUCAACUAAAUCUAAAAGCUGCUGCUACAAUCGCCAAACAUGCUGUAUUGAAGAAGAAUGCUGGAAAAUUUGAUGAAAUGUCUUUUUACAAAGAAAUUGCAGGCUUGAGUUAUUUGGGUGAUAUUAGAUAUGUUUUAGGUGGUGAAAAUCCUAAUAAAGUUAAUAAUAUUGUUCAAAAAAACUUAUCAAAUUUCAAAUUAUAUUAUGAACCUAUUUAUAAAGAUGUUGUUGUUAACAAUUCAACAUAUUUACCAAAGGGUUAUGCUGUUGAUACAGCACAUAAUAUAUUACAUAGGAGGAUUAGUUCCUCCAGCGUAUUGCAAACCGCAAAGGGUGUCUUAACUGCAGGUGUUACUAAAUCAAUAAAAUAUGCAUGGGCUAAAAAGUUGAAAUCUUUCAAGAAUUAG